UUCUCUGCUCUCUGCCAAGCCUCCCCCUCCCCCCUCUCCUCCCUCCGCAGCUCUGAGCUGUGCUGCCGCCGCUUUCACCUCCACUAAUCAUCAUCCCCAUCGUUGCCUCCUUUCUCCUCUCCUCUCCCUCCCUCCCUCCCCCCGAUCCUUCCUCCUCCCACACGCACCUAGCCAUCGCGAGGCGGCGAGAAGAGCGGGACGCGGGGGCUGCGCUGGUCAGCGACGGGGAGGCGGACGGGGAGGGGGAGGGGAUGGCGGCGGCGUGGGGCGGCACCACGCAGAAGUGCGCCUCCUGCGGCAAGAAGGUGUACCCCGUCGAGGAGCUCGCCGCCGACGGCCGCGCCUACCACCGCCCCUGCUUCCGCUGCCACCACUGCAAGAGCACCCUCCAGUUUAGCAAUUAUUCUUCCAUCGAAGGUGUCCUGUACUGCAAACCUCACUAUGACCAGAUAUUAAAAUCAACUGGCAGUUUGGAAAAAAGUUUUGAAGGUGUGACAAGAUCAGCUAAAUCAGAAAAAUCAAAUGGACCCAAGGGCCAGCAAAACAGCAGAUUCUCUAGUAUGUUUGUUGGCACGCAAGACAAGUGCGUAGUUUGUAACAAGACUGUGUACCCUCUUGAAAAGGUUGAUCUUAACGGGGGCGCGUAUCAUAAAUCAUGCUUCCGUUGCACCCAUGGUGGUUGUACACUCAGCCCAUCCAACAAUGUCACGCAUGAAGGCAAACUUUAUUGCAAGACCCACCAUUCUCAGUUGUUUAUGGUCAAGGGAAACUUCAGUCAGUUCGAGGAGAACACUGUAAAUGCAAAAGUGGCUGUCGAGAAACUACCAGAAACUGGAGAAGCCACCAACAAGCCAGGUCAAGGUGAUGAAAUCGGUGAGAAGACCUCAGAAAAUGAGCUCACAGCUGACAAACCAUCCCAAAAUGAUGUUGCAGCUGAAAACCCAUUGCAGAGUAGCAUUGAUGUUCCUAAACCAUCAGAAAGCACAGUCGAGAAGUCAGCAGAAAGUGAAAGUGUUACUGAGAGUGAGUCAAAGAGUCCUGUAGUUAACAAUAAGCCAUUUGAAAGCAGUGCCGAGAAGCCACAUCAGAGCAGUGUGGUUGAUACUAAGCCAUCAGGAAGCAGUGCGGCCAUAAGAAAACCAUGGCAACGCAGUCUUCCCACAAAUAAGCCGUCAGUGAUUAGUGCAUCAACUGAAAAGCCAUCACCGAGCGAUGCAGCCAUUGAGAAGCCGUCAUCCAGUAAUGGGUCUAAUGGGAAACCGUCGGACAGCAGCACAGGGGUAAAAAAGUCAUGGCAGCACAGUGUAGCUACUGAGAACCCACAGCAGAGCAUGUUACCAUCGGAUAAGCCAGCAUCAACCAGUGCAGAUGAUGUGAAGCCAUCAGAAAGCGGCAAAGUGGUCAAAAAAACAUGGCAACGCCCUGUGGUUGCUGAGAACCAGAAACAAAACAGUGGACCAACCGAGAAGCCGUCACCGACGAGUGACACAAAGCCAUUAGAUAGGAGCACAACAAUUAAAAGACCAUGGGGCCGCAGAAUAGCCAGUGAGAAAUCUCUGCAGAGCAGUGAGGUUGAUAUGAAACCAGUGGAAACCAGUACAGUGGUUACUGUUCUACAGCAGCCCAGUGAGGAACCUCCACAAACCGAUGCAGCUGUGCUACAGCAGCCCAGUGAGGAACCUCAACAAACUAAUGCAGCUGUGCUACAGCAGCCCAGUGAGGAACCUCAACAAACUAAUGCAGAUGAUGUGAAGCCUUCGGAGGACACUGCAGUAGUAGUGAAAAAGCCAUGGCAAUUCAACACGAGAACCGAGAAGCAACCCCAGAGUAGUGUAGUUGAUGCAAAGAAAACUGAAAGUACUGGAGCGAUCAAACGGCAGUGGAAGCGUAACACGCCGUUUGAGAAGCCAUCACAAAGCAGUGCAGCAGCAGCUGUGACAACAACACAAAGCAAUGUGACCGUCACGAAGCCAGCCCCGAGCAACAUGGCUGUGAAGAAGUCAUGGCAAAGAAGUACAACUCCAAAAAAUCUGGCAGCGAGUGAUAUGGCUACCAAUAAAGCAUUGCAAACCAAGGCAGUGAUCGAGAAGCCAUCACAAGAAAGUUCUCAAGAGAAACCAUUACAAGAAAAGACACCUCAAGUCACUGUGAUCACCAAGAAGCGAUCGGAAGAAAGUUCUCAAGAGAAGCCAUCUCAAGAAAAGGCACCUCAAACUGCUGCGAUCAUCGAGAAGCCAUCACAAGAAAGUUCUCAAGAGAAGCCAUCUGAGGCAAAGACACCUCAAAUUGCUGCAACCGCCGAGAAGCCAUCACAAGGAAGUUCUCAAGAAAAGGCACCUCGAAAAGCUUCGAUCACCGGGAAGCCAUCACAAGAAAGUUCUCAAGAGAAGCCAUUACAAAUGAAUGAAUCUUCCAAGGAGCAACUUCAGACUGAAGAUAUUGUUGAGAAACAACUUCAAAGUGAAGAUAUUGCUGAUGCUACACCACAAAGGGACCUGAUGACACAAGAUGAUGUCUCCCUCAAGAAGAUACCAGAGCCUCAAAUUGAUGCCUCUUCUGCCGAACUGACGAAGGAUCCAUCAGAGCAAGAUGGGGCUGCAUCUGGUGAGAACUUGUCAGAGUCUCAAAGUAAGCUAACUGUUGAGCAGACGUUGGAAUCCCAAGACGCUGUGGUUCCUCAAGAGGCAACUGACCAGAUAAUGGAAUCUAAAAAUGAUGCAGGCAUUGAGCAGUCAUCAGAAUCUCAAAGUGUUGCACCGGCAGAGGUUCCAGUGGAGCAACCAUUGCAACAACAAAAAGAUGCAUCUACAGAGCAGCCAUUGGAAUCUCAGCAUGAAGCAGAUGACAAGGAUCAAACAGAGCCUAGUAGUGAUGCAAUUGCUGAGGAGUCAUUGCAGCUUCAAUUUGACACAGCUGCCGUGAAGUUAUCAGAACCACAAACAGAUGCAACUGCUGAUCAGUCGGCUGAGCAGCUACCAGAACCUCAAAGUGACGCAUCAGUGGAGGAACCAGUAGUCCAUCAAAGUAACGUGUCUACUGAGAAGCUAUCUGAGUCUCAAGGUGAUGCAGCUGCUGUUGAAUCAUCCGGACAGCCAUCAGAGCCUGAGGAGCGAUCAGAACGUCAAAUGGAUGCAGCUCCUCAUAAUUUAACUGAUCAGCCAUUGGAACCUCAAAAGGAUGUAUCUAUUGAGAAGCCACUCGAAACUGAGACUAACGUUGUUACUGAUAAUCCAUCAGAAAGUAGCUUAGCUACUGAAACACUGCCUGAAAGCACUCCAAAGAUCAGCACUGCCACCGAGGAACCUGCACAGCGUGAAAUUUCUGAUGAGACACUGCCUCAAAGCAUUGCAUUAGAUACAACACCAGAAAGCGCCACAUCUGUCGAAGAACCCACAUAUGUCGGUGAGGCCAUCGUUGAGAUAUCAGAGGACAGCUCAGCUCCCGAGAAGCCAUCAGAGGAUGCCGUUACUCCUGAGAAGCCAUCAGAUGAAGGUGAUGUAGGUGUGGAGCCAGCAGAAGACAAUGCAGCUCUUAAGAAUCCUUCGGAGGAAGAUGAGGUGAGUGCUGAGCCAUCAAACAACACAGUGGAUCUCGAGAAGCCAUCAGAGGAAAAAGAUGAUGCUAUGAAGCCAGUAGAGGACAGCGUGGCUCUUGAGAAACCAACCGCUGACAAACCUUCAGAGGAAGACAAGGUGGGUGCUGAGCCAUCAGACGAGAGAGUGGAUCUUGAUAAGCCAUCAGAGGACAGCAUGGCUGUUGAGGAGCCAGUCACCGACAAACCAUCAGUGGAAGAUGAAGCCAGUGCUGAGCCAUCAAACGACAGAACAGAUAUCGAGAAACCAUCGGAGGAGAAAGAAGACGCCACUGUGAAGUCAUCAGAGGAUAUCACGUCUCUUGAGAAGCCAGUCACUGACAAACCUUCAGAGGAAGAGGAAGAAGGCGCAGCCAGCGAGAAGCCGUCGCACGACGAUGCUGUCAUCGAGGCGCCAUCGCACGACGACAUGGACUCGGCCACCGACAAACCCUCACCAGCCACAGAGACAAACACAUCAGCCUGAGCUCACCGGGACAGUGGUUAGCCGAGCACAGACAUCCCUGUUAGUGAGCUUCAGUAAACAGUUUUUAACCGGGAGAAGGAUCGAUACUACCGUUGUUUGAUAGUUUUGCGUGCCAUUUUUAUUUGUUUUUGUCUGUACAAUGCUUGAGUUGUAAAAUUUGAGGGAGAAAAGAGAGAAGGAUAGGGAGGGUAUUUACUUGGUUUACUCACUCACAAGCAAUAAGCCCCUCCCCACAUUAGGAGGAGGGCAGCAUUGUGGCCUUUUACCUUUCUACGACAGAUAUUUCUGUUGGUGUGGUUUGGUUUGUUGCUCAUAUUUUUGUUGUAUAUCAGAUGAUGUACAUGACAGUUUGGUUCAGAUUUGUUUGUGCUUGCUGAACCUGAGCUGUUUCAGAA